ACGAAAUUCACUUUUGAUGAAACGAAAAAUGUCAAGUUAGUGUCAUUUGAAAUGUUGUGGUAACAACAUGCGUUUGAUACUUUACCUAGUGUUUACUGUGAUCAUUGAAUUUGUUGAUGGACAAAGUGAUGAUCACAAAAGCUAUGAUGAAAGAUAUUGUUAUACCAACAAAGGAUUUGUUUGUAUAAAUACUAGACAAUUUUACCAGUGUGUAUUUGCCGGUGACAAAUGGGAAAUAAUAGGGUUACCACAAUAUUGUCCAGAAGGACUAUGGUGUUCAGAAGACGAAGAAUUAGAAUGCACAGAACUCGAUGAAGAGCCAAUAGUAAAAACAACACAAGUUGUUGUUAGUAACUCUACAACAACUACUAGUAGGACAACUGAGUCUACAAAACUAACUACUCCAAUUGUUACUAGCACUUUUGUUACAACAGCUGAAAAUAAUGAAAUUACAACAAAACCUUACACUCGAACUGGAGGGACAUCUGGAAGUAUCCCUACAACAACGUCUGUUACGAUUAUAAACAACACAAGCUCUGUUCGGACAACUCCAACUUCAAAGUCGACAAGAGUAACAGAUCCUUCCACUUCUUCAGUUGAAACGAGUACUUUUGACAAAUCGACAGAAAAAUUGAGGACUACUGAAACUACCAAAUCACCGGACUUUACAACCACCACACCCACUACCAUCAAUACUGAAACAAUAUCGACUGAACAAAAAACUACGGAGGUAACUGAAAAAACGGUCCCGAUUAAUCCUAUCACAAAUGUUUAUGAUACAAGUACAAGUAAAAAAGCGACUACAACUACAUUAAAUACUGUUACUGGAGAAGUCACUGAGAAAUCGCCGGUAACUGAAAUAUCAAAAUCAACCAUGGAUGCAAUCUCAAUAAAUAUAACUGAAAAGCCUACAAGUUAUACAGCAUUAACAGAAACUUCCACUUUUGAGACAACUCCAACUUCGGUAAAAAUUGAUAGCACAUCUGAUACGAUGAUAACUGAAACGACGACUGAAACACCUGGAGCUACAACAACAGAAUUAACAACACCAGAAAACCUCACAUCAGAAUUAACAACAAUAACGCUCACUUCUGAAAAAACAUCCACGAAACAAGAGACGACUACCCCCAGACAAACAGCAUCAACACAAACUGAGGUUGAUUUUGAUUACAAAUCAACCUCCUCUCCUGGGGUACAAAAAAAUACGGAAGCUACGGUGACGCCAGAACGUUCCACAGAAUCGACUGUAACUAACAUCAUUGNUUUUUUUUGUCAAACUAGUUCCAAUUCGAUGAAUACCUCGUUCAGUGUUACAUCUACAAGUGAUGUGACAACUUCAACAACAGAGAAAAUAGAAACCACGUCAACAACUAUGCAAACUUCCUCAACGCCUACUGAAACGACUUCCACUCCUGAGCAACCAGAGACGUCUGUAUCCACUGAAGAACCCGAAACUCCAGAAGUUACUGAGGAACCUGCGAGUUCGACAGAAUCGACGGUUACAUCUCCCAGUGCUGUUACAACUUCGACGACAGGGGAAAUUGAAACUUCUUCCACAACCAUGCAAACUUCCUCAACGCCUACUGAAACUGCUGUUGAAACAGAAACGACUUCCACUCCUGAGCAACCAGAGACGACUGUAUCCACUGAAGAACCCGAAACUCCAAAAGUUACUGAGGAACCUGCCAGUUCGACAGAAUCGACGGUAACAACAUCCAGUAAUGUUACAACUUCGACAACAGAGGAAACUCAAACAUCUUCGACAACAGAGGAAACUCAAACAACUUCUACAACCAUGCAAACUUCCUCAACGCCCACUGAAACGACUGCUGAAACAGAAACGACGUCCACUUCUGGGGAACCAGAGACGACUGUAUCCACUGAAGAACCCGAAACUCCAGGCGUUACUGGGAAACCUGUCGGUUCGACAGAAUCGACGAUUACAUCUUCCACUGCUGUUACAACUUCAACGACAGAGGAAAUUGAAACUACUUCUACAACCAUGCGAACUUCCUCAACGUCUACUGAAACGACUGUUGAAACAGAAACGACGUCAGCUCCUGAGGAAUCAGAGACGACUGUAUCCACUGGAGAACCCGGAACUACAGAGGUAACUAAAGAACACGCCAGUUCGACAGAAUCGCCGGUAACAUCUUCCAGUGCCGUCACAAUUUCGACAACAGAAGAAAUUCAAACUACGUCUUCAACCAUGCAAACUUCCUCAACGCCUACUGAAACGACUGUUGAAACAGAAACGACAUCAACUUCUGAGGAACCAGAGACGACUAUAUCCACUGAAGAACCCGUAACCUCAGCGGUUACUGAGGAUUCUGCCCGUUCGACAGAAUCAAAGGAAACAUCAUCCAGUACUGUUACAACUUCGACGACAGAGGAAACUGAAACUACUUCUACAACCAUGCAAACUUACUCAACGCCUGCUGAAACGACUGUUGAAACAGAAACGACGUCCACUCCUGAGGAACCAGAGUCUACUGUAUCUACUGAAGAACCCGAAACUCCAAACGUUACUGAGGAACCUGCCAGUUCGACAGAAUCGACGGUUACAUCUUCCACUGCUGUUUCAACUUCGACAACAGACAAAAUAGAAAUUACGUCUACAACAAUGCAAACUUCCUCAACGCCUACUGAAACGCCUGUUGAAAUAGAAACGACAUCCACUCCUGAGGAACCAGAGACGACUGUAUCCACUGAAGAACCCGAAACUCCAGGCGUUACUGAGGAACCUGCCAGUUCGACAGAAUCGACGGUUACAUCUUUCACUGCUGUUACAACUUCGACAACAGAGGAAAUUGAAACUACUUCUACAACCAUGGAAACUUCCUCAACGCCUACUGAAACGACUGUUGAAACAGAAACGACGUCCACUCCUGAGGAACUAGAGACGACUGUAUCCGAUGAAGAACCCAAAACUUCAGAAGUUACUGAGGAACCUGCCCGUAUGACAGAAUCGACGGUUACAUCUGCAAAAGCUGUCACAACUUCGACAACAGUGAAAAUAGAAACCACGUCUACAACCAUGCAAACUUCCUCAACUUCGAUUGAAACGACCGUUGAAACAGAAACGACGUCCACUCCUGAGGAACCAGAGACGACUGUAUCCACUGAAGAACCCGAAACUCCAGACCUUACUGAGGAACCUGCCAGUUCGACAGAAUCCACGGUCACAUCUUUCAGUGCUGUUGCAACUUCGACAACAGAGGAAAUUGAAACUACUUCUGAAACGACAGUAAGUUCGGAUAAUUUGGAAACAACUUCAGUCACGUCAUCCACACUCCAACCUGAUUUCAUUUGUGUUCGUUACGGAAAAUUUGCAGAUCCAAAGAAUUGCAGCAAUUUCUUUGUCUGUUCUCCGUCAAUGCCUAGCAACUCUCCUCUAGCGAUGUCAUGUCCUUCUGGUAUGUUUUUCGAUAGUACUCAAGAAAUUUGCACACAAGAUCCAAUCAGUUGCAAGGGCAAAAAUGAACUAAUAUGCUUCUCAGAAGGUUCCUUCGCUGAUCCUGAAAAUUGCAGUAUGUAUUAUAUAUGCAUAUGGAAUGAAGAAAAGCAAUAUUUUAUUAGGAAUAAAAUGGUUUGUUCGGAUGGGUUCGCAUUCGAUGAAAAACUGAAGAGAUGUAUCGAAUCAACUAUGUGCUAUCCCGCAUCUUCAUCAGAAACAACUAGAUCUCCCUUGACGACAGCUUCAUCCGAUGUCAUAACGUCACUCAUGCCGGAAGUAUUUACGUGCACAACGUUGGGCAAGUUCUCAGAUCCAAUGGAUUGUUCUCGAUACCACGUUUGUGUGCAGGCUGUUCACUCACUAAUUGAUAUCAUCAUAAAUUGCCCUCAAGGGGAAUUUUACGAUAGUUACAAUGAAGUAUGUACUUCGGACCCCGUUCAAUGUCCAGGAGAGCCUCAACUGUCGUGUCCAAGAGAAGGCACGUUUGCUCACCCCACUGAUUGUAAUAGAUACUUCUCUUGUGUGUGGAGUACACUCAAAGGGAAGUUCGACUUGCAGCAGUUCAGAUGUCCAAUUUAUAACUCUUUCGAUGUGGAAACAGGUACAUGUAUUGCCUCAUCUACUUGCAUGGAGAGAAACUCUUCUUUUACUUGUUCCGAGACAGGAAAGUUCCCAGUGGAAUACAAUUGCAAAGAGUAUUACGAAUGCAAAAUGGCUGAUGGAGUAAUGAUGAAAACUGUGAAAACAUGUGGACUAUUCAGGCUUUUCGACCGGGUCCAAAAAAGGUGUCGUAGAGAGUGCUUCGUUCCAAACUGUAUCAUAGACGCUGAAUAGAUUUGAACUGAUUGUAAUAAGUUUUUGACUGAAUAUUGAGAAAUAUAAUUUGAAUAUCGUAA